AUGGAUCUUCCAGCCAAUGGGACUAGAAUAUCUCAUUCUGGACACAUUGGAACAGUCCGUUUUGUGGGACCUGUAGAUGGCACUCAAGGCACAUGGAUCGGCGUUGAGUGGGAUGAUCCCUCGCGAGGUAAACACAGCGGAACGAAGGAUGGAGUGUCCUACUUUACGUGCAACGUUCCCAACUCUGGAACCUUCAUUCGACCUUCGAAUAAGAUAUCUUAUGGCACUUCUUUCCUCGACGCUCUCAAAUCCAAGUACAUCGAAGCGUACCACGGAAAGCAGGAGACCAUAAUCCUUGGUUCUUCAAACGGCGCCAUCGAAGUCGAGGCAGUCAACCUUGACAAAAUUCGUGGCAAAUUCGCAGAUCUCACACGCCUCCGGGAGGUAAGCCUCGACAACGAGCUUGUCGCCACCUGCGACUCUCCCCCGGGUACGAUCCGCCAAGCAUGCCCUAAUAUACGCGGGCUCGACUUAUCCAAGUGCCUCGUCCCCUCGUGGGACGUGGUGGCGGACAUCGCAGCCGAAUUGCCCAACCUGCAGCGCCUGGCGCUUAAUUACACUCGCCUGGAGAUGCCUCGGGACCCCGCGCGGCUGGCCGCUGCCUUCCCUCGCCUGACGGAGCUACUCCUCAAUGCCACACUCACUCCGUGGGCGCAUAUGCAGGAGAUAACCGCGCCCAUGCCGCGCCUCGAGGCCAUUGAGAUGGGGUACAAUCACCUCACCGACCUUGCGCCUUCGGCGCAGUGUGCAGCGCACCCUGGGAUCCGCGCAAUCAACCUGGAAGGCAAUGAGUGCGCCGACUGGGCGUUGGGCUCCUCUGCUUGCUUGAAUAUUUGCGUGACAAUAAUCUGCAGACUGCAACGCCUAACGCUUGCGGGGAAUGGAAUUCAGAGCAUACCACCAUGCCGGGAUCCAUCGCGCGCGCUGAAGAGCAUGCAACAUCUGUCGUUGGCCACAAAUGAGAUUAACUCAUGGUCUGACAUCGAUGCACUACAUGGCUGGUGUCCGGCAUUAGCAAGCCUGUCCCUUGCAGAUAAUCCAAUUAUUGCUGACGCAAAACAAGCCCUACACGCCCGGUUAUUUGUCAUUGCCAGAAUAUCCACCCUCACUCAACUAGACGGCUCUGGUAUCUCUCCCAAAGAGCGAACGGACAGCGAGCUCUUCUACAUCUCCCACAUUUCCGCCCAAACUUAUUCCUCUGCUGCCGUUCGCGAUUUAGAGCACCCUCAAUAUCGCAGGCUAUGCGAGAAAUAUGGCACUGCGCCCGACGUUGCAGAUCGUCCAGUAACAAAGGACCACCAAAACCUGCGCGACCGUCUGAUAGAACUUAAACUCUACCCCCUCGACUCGUCCCCAACCUCCAUCAGCCCCAUCGACGCCGCACACAUCCAAUCCACCCAUGAACCCCACGCCCUGCGCGUACUGCCCACCCUACCAUUGAAAGCACUCAAGCAGCGUAUUGCCAAAGCAAUGAAGCGGCGUACAGGCGUUCGAGUAUGGCUGCUGAUGCACGAUGGCGCGGCCGAACUUACGGACGAGAAGGAGGAUCUGGCGUGGUUGGGGUUGGAAGACAAUUCUGUUCUAUUCUUCUGUUGUACAUAG